AUGGCGGAUGAACUCCCGUUAUGGUUCCCCCCCAUGAGUAGCGACGAUUCAUCCGAUAGUAGCAUUCUUUUUUUUCAAAAUCUCAUCGAAGAAGCCGAACUUCAAGACACGGGCACAUCUAACCGAAGGAGAUAUAUUGAACGUCAACGUGAGGAGGGGCAUGAGACACUCAUGGCGGAUUAUUUUGUCGAAGACCCGAAGUACAACGAAGAUAUCUUUCGGCAUAGGUUCCGUAUGUCGAAACGUUUGUUUCUAAAAAUUGUGGCCGAUGUGGAAGAGAACGACCCGUGGUUUGUAGAGGCCCCCGAUGCGCGAGGUAAGAAGGGCUUUACGCCAUUGCAAAAGGUGACAUCGGCUAUUAAACAGCUCGCAACUGGUAACACUCCAGACGAGAACGACGAGUACUUGCAUAUGGUCGAAAGAACUUCCCGCGAGUGCCUAGAAUAUUUUUGUGACACGGUUUGCAAAAUAUACGGUCCAGAGUUCUUACGUAGACCGACAAGCCACGACAUGACACUUUUAUACCAAGCUCAUGAGGAAAAACAUCACCUUCCAGAGUAUCGAGGCCAAUAUAUGCGAGGAGAUCAUCAAUACCCGACGGUUAUGCUCGAAGCGGUUGCUUCUCAAGACUUAUGGUUUUGGCAUGCUUUUGCCGGUUCACCGGGUUCUCAAAACGAUAUCAAUUCGAUCCCUUACCCUCACGAAAUAGACCAAAAGAAAUUCAAGAGGCAACAUGAGGCGGCAAGAAAGGACGUCGAACGGGCUUUUGGUGUUUUGAAGGCGAAAUGGGGUGUAUUGAGUCGACCGAUGCGAGCAAGAUCCGUUAAAAAAAUUAGGAGUGUCGUGUACACGUGUAUUAUUUUACACAACAUGAUUUUGAAAGAUGAAGGAAAGGCGAUAGCACCGGUGCACAUUCGGGAUCCUCCGGUCGAGCCCGCUCUAGACGAUACGGUGUUGGGCGAGUUGAUGGAUGAAGACACGCAUUGGAGACUCAAACACGAUCUCAUAUCAUCUCGCAAGUCAAGAUUUACCCCACCUUUUGGUCGAUUCCGACGAAGACUAGUUUAA